AUGUCUCCUCUGCCAGAUCCUCGUCGAGUCGUUACCGGCCACGAUGAAGCGGGAAAUGCCAUCUUCGUCGCUGACAGUCUCGCUCACAUGGCUCCAACGUCUGUUGAGUGCGACUUUACGGUGUUAUACGAGACGCACCAGUUCCCGGCCUCGAAUGAUGUAUGGGAGGAUCCGAUGUUGACGCGGACCAUGAAUCUCGCAAAUGAGAAGGGCUUAGUUCUUCGAUGCGUCGACUUCAAGCCCAAUACAAAAACGCUGUUCCACCGCACCGAGUCUCUGGACUUUGGGAUCGUCUUUUCGGGUGAAAUCGUCUACCUGGAUAACGGCGUCGAGUUGACUCUUAAGGCUGGCGACGUUUGCGUGCAGCGCGGCACCAUUCACGGCUGGGACAACAGAACGGACCAGACAACACGUAUUUACUUCCUGCUCACCGGUAAGUGCUUCGAGCAAAGCGACCUGGUAACUGUGGCUAAAGACGAUUUAGCUGCCACGCCCGUGAAGAUUGGGGACAAGGUUCUGGGGGAACAUGGAUUUGAUCCCAAGGACGUUGAAUCGGGUGGCCAACUUUGA